AUGGCUUCAGUCAACAGGCACGCUCUCGUAUUUGGGGCGUCUGGCGUCUCCGGCUGGGCAGUUGUAAAUCAGCUGUUACAUGACUAUCCAAAGCCAGGGACCUGGAGCAAAGUCACCGCCUUGACGAACAGGCCUCUCGACAUCGAGACCUCCCUAUGGCCAAAAACAGAUAAACUCCAGAUUAUAUCCGGCCUCAAUCUACUGAAAGGCGACCAGGAAACAGUUGAGGAGUCUAUGAAAAGCAAGGUUCCAGGUAUCGAAACAGUCACACACGUUUUCUAUUAUGCCUACAAAGCGAAUCCCAACUUUGAGCAGGAGAAGAAGGAUGCGGUUGACAUGCUGGCUCGGUCGAUAACCGCUAUUGAUCGACUCUCUCCAGCGCUGGACUUUGUUGCCUUCCAAACCGGUGCAAAGAUGUACGGGUUCCUUCUUCGAGAGGACCACUAUUUCCCUGUCCCUCUAAAGGAGUCGUUGCCACGACUUAAGGCACCUUUUAGUGACCAGCUCUUUUACCACGCUCAGCUGGACUGGUUGGGUGAUUACUCCAAGGGAAAAUCAUGGACGUGGUGCGAAACACGGCCCGAUCUCAUUGUUGGAUUUGCUCCAAACCAUGCGGCUUACUCACUGGGGGCUUCCCUGGGCAUUUAUUUCUCCCUCUGGAAGGAAAUCAACGGCGCUGGCAGCGUAGUCCCCUUUCCCGGCACCAUGAAAAGCUGGAGAGCAAAGCACAACGAGGCUGGGAGCGAUAUGAUAGCUAAGCAGACAAUAUUCCUCGCUUUACAUCCAGAGGUGAGCGGCAACGGAGAAGCUUUCAACGUCGCAUCAAACCCCCAGGCUGAAACCUGGGAAGAAAAAUGGCCACAACUUUGUGAGUACUUUGGCCUGAAAUCUGCUCCGCCAGGUGAUGGAUCCAAGGAGGUUCGAGCAUAUAUCAACGACAAUAUCGCCCAAUGGAAGGCUCUGGAAGAGAAAUACCAUCUUCGAACGGACAUUGCUCAGUCGGGAGUAACCAUGCCAGGGUUCGAAAUCCUCCACCUGACGCUCGCCGAUUUCGAUCGACAUUACGACAUGACGAAGAUCCAGAGAGCAGGGUUCGACGAGAAGAGUUCGAUCAUGGAGACGUGGGGAGAGACCUGGGAAAGGAUGAGAAGAGCAAAAAUGAUUCCAUAG